AGCCCUUUGCAGAAGCAGCUGCAGCGGUCAGGCAGCAUCCAGUGGCGUGCCAGGCGGCCCAGCCCGUUGCUUUACUUUUUGCUACACCAACGUAGUCAUUAUGCCGAAGAGAAAGUCUCCAGAGAAUACAGAGGGCAAAGAUGGGAUCAAACUAACUAAACAAGAGCCCACAAGACGGUCGGCGCGAUUGUCAGCGAAACCGGUGCCACCAAAACCUGAGCCUAAACCAAGAAAAACAUCUGCUAAGAAAGAACCUGGAACAAAGAUUAGCAGAGGCGCUAAGGGGAAGAAGGAAGAAAAGCAGGAAGCUGGAAAGGAAGGUACUGCACCAUCUGCAAAUGGUGACACUAAAGCGGAAGAGAUCCACAUCUCUCGCUCAACUGUUAAUGUCUCAGCCUGCAGAAGCCCCCCACCCAGCACUCUGUCAGUAAAGGGGCAGAUUGAAACAGUGAGAGUUAAGGGCACAGAGAACUAAAUCUAUAGAUAAAGAGGGAGAAUGACUUGUCGUGGAAAACAGGGGUUCAUUUCACGUACCUCUUGGGACAACUUUUAAACGCUAUUUUUACCAAGUAUUUUGUAAAUGCUAAUUUUUUAGGACUCUAUUAGUUGGCAUAAAAUAUAUAUAUGAAGAUGGACAUUUUAUCCUCUUAUGGUGAUUUUUUUUU